CUUCUGGUUUAUGGGCGAGAAAAGGAUACACAACUUGUUGAUGUGUCAUUAAGAUUUGACCAUUCGAAAAGCUUGGUUUGGAUAUUAUAACGCCUUCUACCAUGACUACCACAAUUGUCAUCAACCAACCCAAGGCCGGGAUGAUGGUGGGGUCGUUGCAAGGUCAUAGGGACUGGAACAGCGGAUUGUUUGGAUGCUGCUCUGACUGCAAAUCACUUCUGCUGACAUAUUUCUGUCUACCCUGUGCCAUCUGCACCGUCGCCAGUAAGGUGGGGGAGUGUAUGUGCAUGCCCUGGUUUGUUCCCGGGGGACUCCUGGCCCUGAGGACCCGAAUCAGGACUCUGGGUGGAAUCCAGGGUUCCAUUUGCAUGGACUCGAUUGCCCUCUAUUGCUGCCCAUUAUGUACGCUCUGUCAGAUGCAAAGAGAGCUCGACGCCAUGGGCCUUUAAGCAACUCAUAAAAAUGGGCUCCACAAGGCAUUACGGAUUCAUGAUAUGAACUCGUGUUCGAAUAUCUUUAAGAAAAUACCGGAAAAUAAUUUUUUUGGAUUGAAUUAUACAGUAAUUGUAAAGUUGACAAACAUGAACAAAGUGCAUCUUCACCUGCACCAUUAGGAGAGAGA